CAAAUGCACUCUUCCCAUUGGCCAAGACGCCUGGCUGCUUCACGCGCUUCCUUGCUCCUUCAUUCAUUCAUCCAGGCCGGAGGAAGACAGCUGUUAAAAUUUUCAUUUCAAGUGUCUUUCGGGGACUCUCAGCCUGCUCUCCCUCUGCGGCCUCCUCCUUUGUGCUGAUCAACUUUUGCACUCACAACAUCAAGAACAAUGGCCCAGCAACAGCAGAUAAGCCUCCCUGCCAAACUUAUUAAUGGAGGGAUUGCAGGCAUGGUAGGAGUCACCUGUGUGUUCCCAAUCGACCUGGCCAAGACCCGCCUGCAGAACCAGCGCAGUGGGCAGCAACUCUACAAGAAUAUGAUGGAUUGCCUAAUAAAGACAGUUAGAUCUGAAGGCUACUUUGGCAUGUACAGAGGUGCUGCAGUAAAUCUCACCCUAGUGACCCCCGAGAAGGCCAUCAAAUUAGCUGCUAAUGACUUCUUCCGCCACCAGUUGAGCAAAGAUGGUGGCAGGUUGACAGUACUCAAAGAGAUGUUGGCAGGAUGCUGUGCAGGAAUGUGCCAGGUCAUUAUCACCACACCCAUGGAGAUGCUCAAGAUCCAGUUGCAGGAUGCUGGCAGGCUAGCGGCCCAGCAGAGGGUAAUGCCCAGCGUAGUAACGACUCUGAAGAUGGGUGGCACCAGUGCUGUUCUUAGCCGUUCCUACAACAGCAGCCCUAUGGCUCAAACCAUGCGAGUGUCUGCCACACAGAUCACCAGAGAGCUGCUGAGAACCAAAGGCGUCACAGGACUGUACAGGGGACUUGGAGCCACAUUGAUGAGGGACAUCCCGUUCUCCGUUGUGUACUUCCCUCUUUUUGCACAUCUGCACCAGCUGGGCCAGCGUUCAUCUGAGGACCCAUCUGUGCCCUUUUAUUGGUCCUUCAUGUCUGGCUGCCUGGCUGGAUCCAUCGCUGCUGUGACUGUCAGCCCAUGUGACGUGGUCAAGACAAGGCUACAGUCACUCAAAAAAGGAGCGAACGAGGAAACCUACAAUGGAGUGGUGGACUGUGUCAGGAAGAUCCUGAGAAAGGAGGGUCCUGGAGCCUUCCUCAAGGGGGCCAGCUGCAGGGCCCUUGUUAUUGCCCCACUCUUUGGCAUUGCACAGGUUGUGUACUUUGUCGGGGUUGGAGAAUUCCUGCUGGGGUACACACCCUACAACAUCUACUCUGCAUAAACAAGCUGUUUCCUAGUCUUUCUGCCACCUCAUUAAAUUACAGGCAGCUAUGCUCUGGGCAUAGCCAUGGAGCCAGCUCUCUAUAACUGUGUACCUUCUUUAUUGUUGGAGGCUUUCAGAGUAAAACGCUAAAGAGACCAGAGAGAUGGUUUCAGAUUAUGCCUUUAGCAUGACUGAAUCUUUCUGAGGAGACUGAAACUUGCCUUACCAUCUGUGCUUGAGUGGAGCUUAUUGCGAGAACAGAACAGCUUUCCUCACUGAGGGACCUGAUAGUCCAUCAUUAGUCACCAUUUCAUUAAGAUCAAACUUGACUUCAGUCAUGUGGCACCAAACGUGGCAGACUAUUGAAACAUAACUUUAACCCCGUUUUAAAGGGUUACAUGUGAAACUGGGACAAGGAUGUCAAUCCCUGUCUAUGUACAUAGUGUAUUUGUUUGUAAAGCAGAUGGGACUAACUUCUCUGAAAAAAUGAUAUGGUACAGCAUGGCUGGUAUUGUCCUUUGAACAAUCAUGUUUGGAAAAGAUCUGGAAAAACAUGUUUAAGAUCUCAUAGCUUAUGAACAACAACAAACAACUUCCUGUCCACCUAUGUAUGCUAUACAGUGAUCCUGUAUUGUAUUACUUUCCGUCACAAGGAGCGGUUUCCUGUGCUUUUGAAUGCCCAUUUAUCUGCACUGCUUUAUAGUUGGUCACAAGACUACAGCUGACCUUAGGUGCUUUCUGGUGUUUACUUUUCACAACAAUGGUGGUUGAGGUGUUUGGGGUUUUUUACUGUGGCAGCAUACAUGACUCUGUUUACGUAAACUUCAACUCUGCCGCUCAAAAGGGCCUUCUGCAGUUAACUUUGGAGAUCUGCUUUUUUAAUGGAGCACAUGUUGUUUGAUGGUGGUAAACUGAUGAACAAGACUUUGUUGAUGGGAUUCAAUGUGCUUUUGGGACCAAGUCUUCUGGAAAAGGUGCAACAUGACCGACACAUAGCCACUUUGUCUUAGUUGACUGUGGUUGUCUGUGACUGAUCAGGUUUUCUUAAAGCUAGAGAUACAGGAGUGCACCAUGUUAGGCAUUUAGAAGCAGAACAGAAUACAGUAUUGGGGUGCACUCACCAUUUUCUGGAAAAUUUCAUGGGUCAAACUACUUUUAAUAGUUUUAUGUAUAUAUUUGUUUUUUUUUAUUUAUUUUCUCAGACUGUGCCAAUAUGACCUCAAAUUAAGAGCAGUUUUAACAUUUCAACAGUUUUUCAACCAGUUGAGAAGAGAAUUAUUUAUUUUAAAUUCAUGUUAGAAUUACCCAUGUAAAUACAGAUUUCUAAAUGCUGAAUAAAUAUUUAUGAAUGUG